GAUAGGUAAAAUUGCCACAACAUAGAUUUCACCUCUUACUUUUCUCCUUUUUUUUCAAGUAAUUCGUCUCUUAUUUGAACAUUUUAUCCGUGGUUUCCCUUGAUUUUCAUCCUGUAUUUACGUAUAUUUUUUCAAGUGUCGGAAAUAUGUGUGCUUAAGUCCGUCUUUUACGUAUCCAAUUGCGAUUUCAAAGCUCAAAAGUCCCCCUUCAGCUGAAGGAGCCUCUCAGUCUCUCAUUUAGUGUUUAUCAAUUUUUGUUUUACUUGCUUUUUCCUCUGUGCCUUGAUAUCUUGCACAGAUUUUGCAGUGUUUAUCAAUUUUCUAUCUUUUAUACCACUCAUCGUAAGUACGAUGAAUUUAUAGACUUUCUAUCAUUUCUUUCUGUGACUUGGAGACAAUGACCUCUUAUCAGUCCUGCUCAUUUUCACAAAUGUGCUCGAUUAUGUCUGUUUAUUGCCCUUAAACUUGGACAUAUACUAAUCGCAGUACCUAGUACUGUUCCUAAAGUUUAAAAUUACGACCCAAGGCUAGUGUGGAGAAGGUCGCAGAACACGUUGCACCAAGAGCUGUCACUCGGCACUUCGGCCUCUUAGUUCGUGCAGGAUUCCACAAUGAGCACUCGAUAUCACAAAGCUGCUCAGGAUGGUAACCUUGAUGUUCUACGAGAAACAACCAAAAGAGAUUGUAAUGCCAAAGAUGAGGACGGAAUGACCCCAACUCUAUGGGCUGCCUUUGAAGGGAAUCUGGAAGCACUUCGCCUACUGGUUGGCCGCGGAGGAAAUGUGGAGAAGGCUAACUAUCACUUUGGACAAACUGCUUUGCACAUUGCUGCAGCUAGAGGUCACAUGAAUUGUGUCUCCUUUUUAGUUGGAUUUGAUGCUAAUUUAUGGGCACUGGAUCAUGACAUGCACACUCCUAUGGAAGUAGCAGCAAUGAAUGGGCGAAAAGAAAUCCUUGAUUACCUUGAUAAGACUGCAGCCAAACAGGAAAUGACAAACAAGAAGAAGGUUGAUGCUAAAAAAGAAAAGGCACUCAAAGACGCUGAGCGACGGAGAAAAAAGUAUGAAGAAAGAAUGAAGAAAGAAAGAGAAAAAGAGAAGAAACAAAUAAAAAAAGUUGAGAAAGAACUUCUGGGAGGAAAUAAGAUUGACAAUGAAACGCCAAUUCCAACAUUGCCUCUCAGUGUCAGGCGAACUGUAUCUGAUACUACCAGCAGUCAGUCUUUCACUCAGUUGGUGGGUGGAGGCGCCAGUAAUGGAACAAUGUCCAAGAAACCAGCCAAUGCAGUUGUUGGAGUGAAAAAAAUUUUAGACAGAAAAUUGAGAAAUGGCAGUCAGAGUAAAAAUGGAAGUGAUUUCAAAGUUAGAGAGGUAGAGGAAGAUGGAACUAAAUCAACUAGAAGUCUUACAGGACAGAUGCGGGAUUCUCAGAUAAUUUAUGUCAAUUCUUAUGAUAAUAAAAUGGAAGCUGGGAAAAGAGGUAGACUGACAAAUGUUUUUGAACUUCAAAGAUCUGUUUCACAACCAGAUUAUCUUAAUAAUAUUAAAACCAACGGAAAUGAAAACAAUCACUUCCAUGAUCAAGGAAGUAUGUUUGACAGACCCGGUUUUGGCAGUGUCGCCUUCAGAAAAAGCAUCACGGCUACUUUGAAUGCCAUUCCGCGCUCAGACACAGAAAUUGAAAACAGUAGUAUUGGUAGUGCGGGAAGUUUAGCGAAAAGGAAUCAACAGCAUAGUAGCAAUAGCGAAAAUAUACUACUUUGGGGACAGGAAGACCUGAAUAUUAGUGACGAAGAAAAUGUAAGCAGCAAUGAUAGCUCACAGUGGUUCCCACUGCAACGGUUUCUUGUAGCCACUGGUGUCAGUGAGUACACACCAAAGUUCAUCGAGCAGCGAAUAGAUUUGGAAGCUUUACUCAUGCUCAGUGAUGAAGAUCUGAUUACACUUGGAAUCCCAAUGGGGCCCCGAAGAAAGUUGCUCAAUGCCGUUUUGGAAAGAAAAAAAGCUCUUGAAAAACCAGGAGAUAUUCUUGAUAGCAAAUUAUGAGGCAAGGAAAAUUCUGUAUCUGUUGUAGUUAUUACUUGACACAAGAACAUUUGCCAGGAAUUAAGCACUACUUUAUUUUUCUUCAAGCAAGAAGACAAUGAAGAAAAAAACAAUUGAAACUUACCAUAACACUUUAAACUAAGAAACACCAAAUACCCUUCUAGGUUUGCUAUUCAGUUUCAAACUGAGUCUCCUAUCAUUUCAUCUUGUACCUAUUUCCAAAGAUUCCAUGUAGCAAGUAAGUGCCAACAGAUUUUUUUCCACCGCAUAAUAUUGUAAAACUGGUGUUUCCCUUCACCAGAAAUAAUAAAAAAAUGCGAGUUCAUAUUAAUUGAACCAUUUGCAAAGACCUUGUGAUAGUUUCAGCAUUUUUGGAAUUAUUAUUAUUUUCAAAGUAUUUAAUGAAUCUAGUUCAGUCUAUUUUAUAUUUUUCCUUGAAAUCAUACACUUCUAUGUAUGCCGUGUGUGAGUGAUUAUAAGUGAAGUUCCAAAGCUUUUAGGUUAAUAUAAAGUACAUUUUGCAUUUAAUAUUAAUUUUUCAAUUGGUAAUAUUUCUGAUAAUUUCUAAUACGAUGCCUAUUUUGAAAUUGAAAAUAUCAUCGUGUGGCUUGCCAAGUCAAAAAUAAACUGACAUCUUAUAGUCUACAAAAAGUUAUCGUCAAACUUUAUACACUUUUGCUAUAAUCUAUUUUUCCAAUACAUACUUGCAAGGUCUAAUUAAAUUACUACAUGUAUUCAUUUAAUUGAAGAAUCUCAAAAAACCAAAGAGGUAGAUUUACAGUAUUUUUUAUUUUUUUUUAUAAAUAAAGAAAAGAGAAAAAAAAGAGGGUGCUGCACCCUAUUUCUCUAACCAAGUAUUCAUUUAAAUCAAAUUUUCCUCGAUUUUCCUUGUUCCAAAACCACAUAGCAGUUAAUUUUCUUUACUUAAACCGUUUCAGUGGUAAAAAUUCAAAUAAUGGAAAAGCAUUUAUUUUGUAAAUCAUUUGUAUUGUGAGAUGCUAUGUAUCAUAAUGUAUGCUCUUACAGCGGCACAAUGUAAACAUUAGGGUCAAAAUCAUCUCCUGCUGUAAUGAAAUCAAUCUCUAAAGACUUGAAUCUCAUGAAACCAAAAUUUAAAGGAAAUUUCUAUUUUGUAACCAAUAGUUAUUACCAAUGAUGAUUUUUGUGAAGAGGUGGCAUUCUUCGCGUUUUGUUUUUAUGAUUAAUUUUCUUCCUAUACUCCUGCUUCAGGGAGAUAAAUUUUAGCAAGUCCCAGUCCCACAGUACCUUAAAGAGAUAAUCAUAUUUCCAGUUUAAGGUAUCAUCUGAAUUUCAGAAUCAAUUUUUUCUUUUCUUCUUUUGCAACUGGGAUUAUAUAAUCAUUAUGUAUAAAUUUUUGCUGCUCAAGUAUUGUAUCAUCUUCGUUAUAAGUACUUAUUUACAUGUUAAUUUAGGCCCUCGAGGUUUAUUCUUUUUAUGUAAUACGAGAGAAAAUUUUUUCCUCA